AACCCCAGUGUAAAGCAGGGCUGGCCCAGUUUAUAGGAAGCGGAUGUGUCAACUUUAGCGGAAGUGGUACAGCCCAGACACAGUGAAGAACGAGAGGAGGACGGACACUCCAACCGAGGCUUUCAUACAGAAAAAGCGGGACUAAACCCUAUUUAAACCUCUGACAAUGGAUAAGAGCGACUUGGUGCAGAAAGCCAAGCUGGCCGAACAGGCGGAGCGCUAUGAUGACAUGGCCACCGCCAUGAAGGCAGUGACUGAGGGCGGCGACGAGCUGUCCAACGAAGAGCGCAACUUGCUGUCUGUGGCCUACAAGAACGUGGUCGGCGCACGCCGCUCCUCCUGGCGUGUCAUCUCCAGCAUCGAGCAGAAGACCGAAUCCAACGAGAAGAAGCAGCAGAUGGUGCGCGAGUACCGUGAGAAGAUUGAGCUUGAGCUGCAGGAAAUCUGCAAUGAUGUUCUGGGUCUCCUGGAAAAGUAUCUCAUUCCCAAUGCCUCUCAGGCUGAGAGCAAGGUGUUCUACCUGAAGAUGAAAGGCGAUUACUAUAGAUACCUGUCUGAGGUUGCAUCUGGGGAGAAUAAGAGCGCUACAGUUGAUAACUCUCAGAAGGCCUACCAGGAUGCGUUUGAGAUCAGCAAGAAAGACAUGCAGCCCACACACCCCAUCCGGCUUGGUCUGGCUCUUAACUUCUCCGUCUUCUAUUAUGAGAUCCUGAACUCACCCGAGAAGGCCUGCAACCUUGCCAAGACGGCUUUUGAUGAAGCCAUUGCUGAGCUCGACACCUUAAAUGAGGAUUCCUACAAAGACAGCACCUUGAUCAUGCAGUUACUAAGGGACAAUCUAACCCUGUGGACGUCAGAAAAUCAGGGUGAUGAGGCAGAUGCUGGCGAGGGAGAGAACUAGAGGAGCCACACUGAUCUCCAAACACCCGCACACACACCCUCAUCUUAAAAAAAAAUUUACACAAAUGGCUUCCUCCAAACCCACCACCCAUUUACUCACCCUGCUUUCCAUCCUACAACCUAUUUCCAUCAGCAGCCUGCUCCCUGUACCCACCCUCCCAUAUUGUCAUCAUGAGACGCACCCAAAGCAAGACACACACUGACGCCUCUCACACAGGCUCUGGCGGCAGGGAUUUGAGGGAGGGAGGGUUUGCAGGGUGAUAUGCCAUUUUCAACAGGUCCACUCAUUUUGUUGUAUUUUGAAAUUUAAUGCGGUUGUACUGAAUAUCAGAUCCAUAUUUGUUAAGUGCAUGAGUGAGCAUGUGUGUAUGAGAGACUGAGUGAAUGUUAGUGUGACUGAGUUGUUCAUGUGAGUGUGUGUGUGUUUUGGAGUCAGGGGUUAUAAACUCUAAAAGUCCUUCCUAAUGAUUCCCUUUUUUUUCCUCCAUUUUUUCCACUUUAGCUGGUUGUGCAUUUUCAUCCUUAUUUUUUGUUACGGAUUUUUUUUUUUUAGUGUAAUUCGUCAUGGUAUUUGCAGGUUUUAUUGUAUGGUUAUUAAACUGGCAGUUUAUUUUCACCAAACACUGUAAUUUCUUGAGUUUUGUAUGGUUUUUGUUUUGGGACCUGUGAUGCUCUGCCUCUCAGCUUCGAUUCCUGGUUUCAGUGCUGCGGUUAUUCACUGAAAGCCCUGUUCAGACACAUGGUCAGUGGGCCAUUUCAUAAAGUAAAUGUCUGAAAACUGAA